AUGUCAUCCUUUGACGACCUCUUAAUCCUCGUUUCAAGAAAAGGCACGAAAAGUGUUCAAUGGUGCGGUGAGAAAAUGGGGGAUGCCCAGCUGGAAACCCUCAUUGCGGCAAUGGAGAUUUCGCCCAUUCCUAUUCAACACAUCGAUCUUUCCCGGAAUGAAAUCACUUCAAAAGGGGCCAUGUUGCUGGCUCGUUUUCUUCGAAUUACGCCCACUGUAGAGGAGGUGGAAAUUCGAGAAAAUAACAUUGACAACGCCGGUGCAGAGGCAUUUAUACAACUUUACUUUGACGUCCGGUAUCCAAAAUUAUUUGAUAUGGACGGGAAUCCGUGCUCAAAGGCGUAUGUACAUAAUUUGUCACUGUUGGCUCAGGGGAGUUCUUAUUCAAAUGAAGUUCGAAGAGGUUUACUUACGCGCGAAGCAGAUGAACUAAAUGUAUCUGGGAUAGACUACAACAAAUUGGACCCUCGUCUGGUGACUUUUUAUGUACAGAAUGUGGGUGGUUUGGAGAGACUGAUUCUUUCUGGGUGUUCACUGGGGGACGCUGGAGCUGGGGUGAUUGGGGCAUUGAUCAGUCAAAGCACUCUGACUCAUCUGGAUUUGAGCAACAACGGUAUAUCUGACGUUGGGCUUUCACAGUUUGUUGAAUACUCCAAUCUUCAGAAUCACCCAACAAUUUCUUCACUUUCUUUUGCUCAAAAUAUUCGCAUUGGUAAUUUUUCGGCACAAAAUCUCACGAAAACCCUUUUUGAAAAGAACGGUAAAAUUACCUUUUUUGAUCUGUCUGAAACAUCCGUGACGUCUAGAGUACGAUCUAUUAUUAAUCAUGAAUGUGAACUUAAUAAACAGCCACAUUCUUUGAAGGAAGCUGUGAUUGGAAUCCGGACCAAUGAUCCAUCAUGCACAUCAGUAAACCUUCAGUGGGAAGAUGAUAUGGAAAAGGCAGCAUUUUUUAUUUCUCCCAUAUUAAGGGACAAUACAAAUUUGCUGGAGUUGAAUUUGGGCAACUGCGGCUUUGGGGAUAAAGGUGUGGAGCUUUUAGCGGAAGCGCUGAGACUCAACAAUACCAUUCGGGUCAUUGCAUUUCCAAACAACAAUAUAACUUCUCGUGGAGCCAAAAAACUUUUUCAGUGUAUCAUACAGCACGUUUCAUUGGAGGAAAUCAAUUUGGCAGGAAAUCGAAUCAAUGAUGAGGCCGCUCUUUCACUGUUAAACACUAUUCGGUUGAAUGGUAAUUUAAAGAACAUCAAUAUUACCAACAAUUUUAUUGGCAUAGACUACAUAAAUGAAGUGGAAGGUUUGCUUCUUAUUAACCAAUCACCAAAAAUGAUUCGGAGACUUGUUGUUGAGAUUGAGGCAAAUGAGCCCAAUUUGGCAUCUUUAUCAUUGUCAGGAGGAACAGGCGAGGAAUAUUACAAUGAUGCUUCAGUGAGAUUGCUUUGCCAGGCACUGUUAUUGAACGCGACUGUAACUUCAUUGGAUUUGUCCAAGAAUAUUGUUGGCGAUAUUGGGGUGGCCUCUAUAGCCGAAAUGCUUAUGACCAACAAUGUUAUAACCCAUUUGAACCUUUCAGAUAAUUCUAUAUCCAAUCGUGGCCCUCAGCGUCUGUGUGUUGCUCUUCGUACGAAUACUUCGCUUCAGGAGUUGGACCUUUCAAACAAUGCGAUCUAUGAUGAAGGAGUUGAAGAUUUUCCCGAAAUGUUAAAGUAUAAUGAUCGUCUCAUCCGGAUUGUGUUGGAUAAAACGGGAGUUUCUAAGGAAAUGUACAGCAAGAUAAUUAAAGCGGCGGAUCUCAACAAAGAGCCAAAGAACAUUAAGGAUCUAGUGUACAGAUUACAAAGUGGAGAUGAUACAUUACGUAAGGUGGAUCUCAGAAGGGAGAAUUGCUCACGCCCACUUGAUGAUGAAUCGAUUGGAACACUUUGUGUUCAUUUAAAAGGCAAAUCAUUUGUGGAAGGCUUGCUUCUUCAAGGUAAUAUGAUUGGAACGAAAGGAUGCCAAGCUCUUGGUGAGCUUCUUGCAGAAGAAGGUUGCGGUAUUCUUUCAUUAAAUUUAUCAUCUAAUCCUGUGGAUGAUGAGGGUCUCCAAGAAUUAUCAAAGAGUUUCUUAUCUCCGCACAUAAAGUUGGAAACACUUGUUCUUUCUGAAACUGAAGUGACAUCAGCUGGCAUUAAUUCCUUGAUUGAAUUAUUGAAAAUCAACACUUCUCUUCAGCAGGUAUUUCCUCCAGAAAGAGUUUCAGCAGAUGUUUUCUGUGCAAUGAAUUAUGAGCUCAUGGUGAACGCUCAACCAAAGUUACUGAAACCUUUGUUGGCAAGGAUUGAUGCCAACGAGAAUAUUCCAGAGGUUGUACUUAAAGAUUCUCAAGUUCCUUUUACAGAUUCUGCUUGUCAACUUCUUUGUGCUUCGUUAGUGAAAAAUACUCACAUUGUUUCACUUGAUUUAUCGCAUAAUCGGUUGACUUGCGAGUGUGUGCCUUUUCUCGUAGAGGCUCUUUCUCGAUCUCCAGCAAUAAGAAACGUGGAUCUUUCAUACAACCAUAUUGGUGUUAAGGGGGGAAUGGAUCUUAUGCUCUUCUUACAAGAGAAUGACCAUGUCCUUUCUCUUGAUCUGAAGGGUAAUGAAAUAUCCUUUGCUACUGCAAAUGCAAUCACGGAGUUAUUGUCUUUAAAUGCAGGUUCAAUUAAAUUGAAAAGGAUACUUCUACGACACAGAUCAGGCAAUUUCUACGAUGAAAUGAUUAAUUUGAAUGGACAAGAUGAAACUUACAAGCUAAACGACAAUGACAUCCGUCUUUUGUGUGAUGUUAUGACAGAAUCAUCAACACUACGUGCCGUUGAUCUUGGUUUGAACUCUAUAACAGACCUUGGUUGUGAGAUGAUUGCAGAUGUACUUCGACAAAAUCAAAAAAUUGAGGCUUUAUACUUGGACUAUAAUCCUAUCGGGGAAGCUGGUGGUGAGGCUUUAUAUAAUGCCUUAAAAGUAAAUCAUCAACUUCAUACCCUUUUUCUGGAAGGGUCAAAUGUGCCUGAGGAGAUAUGGGAGGAAAUAUUGGGGCUUCUUCAUGUUAAUGAAACGCCAUUCAAGGAGAAAAUCAAUAUGCGUGCUGUUCGGUUAGACGAGGUUGAUGAUGAUACACAAUUUAAAAGCACGGAUUAUGCAAAUGCUCAAGAAGAAAAAGUGGGAAAAGAUGCUCUUUAUCUGUAUGAAGAUCCGAGUAAGCUCAUUCUUUUGAAAUAG